CUUCUGGGUUGACAUGACAGGGUCGGUCGGCUUGAGCCAGACCACCAUCGCCUCUCGCCUCUCUGGACCCCAACGCGUCUAGAUCUCUAGACUUUCUGCUGCCACACCCUAGACCGUCUAGACCUCAAACACACUGCUUGGCGGGAAAAAAAGAUAAUAUAUAUAUAUAUAUGUACUUACUUUUCUCAAAAAUAUGGCUUACUUACCUACUACUAGCCAUUUAAUAUGUAUACACAUACAGUGCUUAUGCGUUUUUCGAUCGAACAUGCUGACACAUGGUUCGAGGUCAGAGAAUUUGAUUUGGAAGUUGAGCUGGAGGUUUCCCUGAGCGAUGAUGUGAAUGAGACAGAGGUUUUAGCUGCGAUUAUGGACCUGGAAGAUAUGUCCAGCCCCCUUGCGUUGCUUCUUCGCAACAUUCUCCAGGGAUACUUCCAGAUUCGAGUGCGGUGGGUGGAGGUAUCAAUGGAGCCUGUGGUCUAUUCUGGAAGCUUGGUGAACCUGACUGGUCCUGGUCUAUUAGCCGGAGAUUCAGAUGUAUCACUUGGAGACUCAGAUCCUGAUGGUCACACCACAGUGGCCUCUGGGGUCGUCCUUUCCAUGGCCUUGCUGCCAAUUGGUGCGGCCUGGAUCCGCCUGGUGAUGGCAGAACAGGCAGCUGGUGAACACGAAGGACAUUUGAGCUGUGAAGAGAUUCAAAGAAGCUCUCGGCCAAAGCGGAGGUUGAAGAGCCGGGCUGCAAUAACCCAAAGUCAGGCUGCAGACUCCGGCUGAAAGGGUUUGCCAGGAUGUCAAGAUACAGCAGGACAGUGGCACAGCCUGC